AUGGGGACUAACCUUAACUUAGGCGUAGUUCUAAUUCAUAUAGUAUUGCUUUUAAGUGUCUCAUUUACUAUAAACGCUAAGUCACAAAACGCUCAACAAAAAAGUCCAAAACAUGAUGAGAAUGAUCAUCAUAAACAAAACCACCAUUACCAUCAUCAUCAUCAUCAAAAUUAUCCACCAAAUACGCCAAUGCCACCAGAUGAUUGCACCCCUACAUCAAGUAAUUCCACAUCUCCUAUGACGCCACCGCCUACACUACCACCUUCACAACCUCCACCAUCCCAACCGCCGAUUAGUCCGCCACCGGUAACUACGCCGCCUUCAUAUCCACCCACUACUCUCCCAACGAAACCUCCUGUUCACCCGCCAGUUAGUCCCCCACCCACAACACAAGGCACCCCACCAACUCAACCUCCGUCUGUGCCGCCAACUCAGAGUCCACCACCAUCUUACCCCCCGCCUCAACCUCCUACUACACCACCAACUCAACCUCCUACAACUCCACCCCCUUCUUCCCCGCCAACAACACCCCCAACAGCGCCUCCCACGAGCCCUCCUUCCAAUCCACCAAGUUACCCACCGACAACUCCUCCUACCCAACCACCCGUGAAUCCUCCAACCCCGCCAUCUUACCCCCCAACUAACCCUCCUACCACUCCACCAACACAACCUCCGGUGACUCCACCUUCGCCAACUCCACCAUCCGAGCCGCCAGUUAGUCCGACCCCGGUAACUACGCCGCCUUUAUAUCCACCCACUACUCCCCCAACGACACCUCCUGUUCACCAGCCAGUUAGUCCCCCACCCACAACACCAAGCACCCCACCAACUCAACCUCCGUCUGUGCCGCCUAGUCAGAGUCCACCACCAUCUUAUCCCCCGCCUCAACCUCCUACCACUCCCCCAACACAACAUCCUACAACUCCACCCCCUUCUUCCCCGCCAACUACAUCCCCAACAGCGCCUCCCACUAGCCCUCCUUCCAAUCCACCAACCUACCCACCGAAAACUCCUCCCACCCAGCCACCCUUGAAUCCUCCAACCUCGCCAUCUUAUCCCCCAACUAACCCACCUACCACUCCCCCAACACAACCUCCGGUGACUCCACCUUCACCAACUCCACCAUCCGAGCCGCCAGUUAGUCCGCCUCCGGUAAUUACGCCGCCUUCAUAUCCACCCACAACUCCCCCAACGACACCUCCUGUUCACCCACCAGUUAGUCCCCCACCCACAACACCAAGCACCCCACCAACUCAACCUCCGUCUGUGCCGCCAACUCAGAGUCCACCACCAUCUUACCCCCCGCCUCAACCUCCUACUACACCACCAACUCAACCUCCUACAACCUCACCCCCUUCUUACCCGCCAACUACACCCCCAACAGCGCCUCCCACGACCCCUCCUUCCAAUCCACCAACCUACCCACCGACAACACCUCCCACCCAGCCACCCGUGAAUCCUCCAACCCCGCCAUCUUACCCCCCAACUAACCCUACAACCACUUCCCCAACACAACCUCCGGUAACUCCACCUUCACCAACUCCACCAUCCGAGCCGCCAGUUAGUCCGCCUCCGGUAACUACGCCGCCUUCAUAUCCACCCACUAAUCCCCCAACGACACCUCCUGUUCACCCGCCAGUUAGUCCCCCACCCACAACACCAAGCACCCCACCAACUCAACCUCCGUCUAUGCCGCCAACUCAGAGUCCACCACCAUCUUACCCCCCGCCUCAACCUCCUACUACACCACCAACUCAACCUCCUACAAUUCCACCCCCUUCUUCCUCGCCAACUACACCUCCAACAGCGCCUCCCACGAGCCCUCCUUCCAAUCCACCAAGUUACCCACCGACUACUCCUCCUACCCAACCACCCGUGAAUCCUCCAACCUCGCCAUCUUACCCCCCAACUAAUCCUCCUACCACUCCACCAACACAACCUCCGGUGACUCCACCUUCGCCAACUCCACCAUCCGAACCGCCAGUUAGUCCGCCUCCGGUAACUACGCCGCCUUCAUAUCCACCCACUACUCCCCCAACGACACCUCCUGUUCACCCGCCGGUUAGUCCCCCACCCACAACACCAAGCACCCCACCAACUCAACCUCCGUCUGUGCCGUCUACUCAGAGUCCACCGCCAUCUUACCCCCCGCCUCAACCUCCUACCUCUCCCCCAACACAACCUCCUAUAACUCCACCCCCUUCUUCCCCGCCAACUACACCCCCAAAAGCGCCUCCCACAAGCCCUCCUUCCAAUCCACCAAGCUACCCACCGACAACUCCUCCCACCCAGCCACCCGUGAAUCCUCCAACCCCGCCAUCUUACCCCCCAACUAACCCUCCUACCACUCCCCCAACACAACCUCCGGUGACUCCACCUUCACCAACUCCACCAUCCGAACCGCCAGUUAGUCCGCCUCCGGUAACUACGCCGCCUUCAUAUCCACCCACUACUCCUCCAACGACACCUCCUGUUCACCCGCCAGUUAGUCCCUCACCUACAACACCAAGCACCCCACCAACUCAACCUCCUUCUGUGCCGCCAACUCAGAGUCCACCACCAUCUUACUCCCCGCCUCAACCUCCUACUACACCACCAACUCAACCUCCUACAACCUCACCCCCUUCUUACCCGCCAACUACACCCCCAACAGCGCCUCCCACGAGCCCUCCUUCCAAUCCACCAACAACUCCUCCCACCCUCCCACCCGUGAAUCCUCCAACCCCGUCAUCUUACCCCCCUACUAACCCUCCUACCACUCCACCAACACAACCUCCAGUUACUCCACCUUCGCCAACUCCACCAUCCGAGCCGCCAGUUAGUCCGCCUCCGAUAACUACGCCGCCUUCAUAUCCACCCAUUACUCCCCCAAUGACACCUCCUGUUCACCCGCCGAUUAGUCCCCCACCCACAACAACAAGCACCCCACCAACUCAACCUCCGUUUGUGCCGCCUACUCAGAGUCCACCGCCAUCUUACCCCCCGCCUCACCCUCCUACCUCUCCCCCAACACAACCUCCUAUAACUCCACCCCCUUCUUCCCCGCCAACUACACCCCCAAAAGCGCCUCCCACAAGCCCUCCUUCCAAUCCACCAAGCUACCCACCGACAACUCCUCCCACCCAGCCACCCGUGAAUCCUUCAACCCCGCCAUCUUAUCCCCCAACUAACCCUCCUACCACUCCCCCAACACAACCUCCGGUGACUCCACCUUCACCAACUCCACCAUCCGAACCGCCAGUUAGUCCGCCUCCGGUAACUACGCCGCCUGCAUAUCCACCCACUACUCCUCCAACGACACCUCCUGUUCACCCGCCAGUUAGUCCCCCACCCACAACACUAAGCACCCCACCAAAUCAACCUCCUUUUGUGCCGCCAACUCAGAGUCCACCACCAUCUUACUAUCCGCCUCAACCGCCUACUACACCACCAACACAACCUCCUACAACUCCUCCCCCUUCUUCCCCGCCAACUACACCCCCAACAGCGCCUCCCACGAGCCCUCCUUCCAAUCCACCAAGCUACCCACCAAAAACUCCUCCCACCCUCCCACCCGUGAAUCCUCCAACCCCGCCAUCUUACCCCCCAACUAACCCUCCUACCACUCCACCAACACAACCUCCGGUGACUCCACCUUCGCCAACUCCACCAGCCGAGCCGCCAAUUAGUCCGCCUCCGGUAACUACGCCGCCUUCAUAUCCACCCACUACUCCCCCAACGACGCCUCCUGUUCACCCGCCAGUUAGUCCCCCACCCACAACACCAAGCACCCCACCAACUCAACCUCCGUCUGUGCCGCCUACUCAGAGUCCACCGCCAUCUUACCCCCCGCCUCAACCUCCUACCUCUCCCCCAACACAACCUCCUAUAGCUCCACCCCCUUCUUCCCCACCAACUACACCCCCAAAAGCGCCUCCCACAAGCCCGCCUUCCAAUCAACCAAGCUACCCACCGACAACUCCUCCCACCCAGCCACCCUUGAGUCCUCCAACCCCGCCAUCUUACCCCCCAACUAACCCUCCUACCACUCCCCCAACACAACCUCCGGUGACUCCACCUUCACCAACUCCACCAUCCGAACCGCCAGUUAGUCCGCCUCCGGUAACUACGCCGCCUUCAUAUCCACCCACUACUCCUCCAACGACACCUUCUGUUCACCCGCCAGUUAGUCCCCCACCCACAACACCAAGCACCCCACCAACUCAACCUCCUUCUGUGCCGCCAACUCAGAGUCCACCACCAUCUUACUCCCCGCCUCAACCGCCUACUACACCACCAACACAACCUCCGACAACUCCACCCCCUUCUUCCCCGCCAACUACACCCCCAACAGCGCCUCCCACGAGCCCUCCUUCCAAUCCACCAAGCUACCCACCAACAACUCCUCCCACCCUCCCACCCGUGAAUCCUCCAACCCCGCCAUCUUACCCCCCAACUAACCCUCCUACCACUCCACCAACACAACCUUCGGUGACUCCACCUUCACCAACUCCACCAUCCGAGCCGCCAGUUAGUCUGCCUCCGGUAUAUACGCCGCCUUCAUAUCCACCCACUACUCCCCCAACGAUACCUCCUGUUCACCCGCCAGUUAGUCCCCCACCCACAACACCAAGCACCCCACCGACUCAACCUCCGUCUAUGCCACCAACUCAGAGUCCACCACCAUCUUACCCUGCGUCUCAACCUCCUACUACACCACCAACUCAACCUCCUACAACUCCACCCCCUUCUUCCCCGCCAACUACACCCCCAACAGUGCCUCCUACAAGCCCUCCUUCCAAUCCACCAACCUACCCGCCAACAACUCCUCCCACCCAGCCACCCGUGAAUCCUCCGACCCUGCCAUCUUACCCCCCAACUAACCCUCCUACCACUCCACCAACACAACCUCCGGUGACUCCACCUUCACCAACUCCACCAUUCGAGCCGCCAGUUAGUCCGCCUCCGGUAAUUACGCCGCCUUCAUAUCCACCCACUACUCCCCCAACGAUACCUCCUGUUCACCCGCCAGUUAGUCCCUCACCCACAACACCAGGCACCCCACCUACUCAACCUCCGUCUAUGCCGCCAACUCAGAGUCCACCACCAUCUUACCCCCCGCCUCAACCUCCUACUACACCACCAACUCUACCUCCUACAACUCCACCCCCUUCUUCCCCGCCAACUACACCCCCAACAGCGCCUCCCGCGAGCCCUCCUUCCAAUCCACCAAGUUAUCCACCGGUUCCUUAUUACGAAUUCAGAAGAAAAAUGGUCGUGGUACAAGGAGUCGUUUACUGUAAGAGUUGCAUAAACAAGGGUUUCAAUAGUUUACAAGGUGCUACCCCACUUGUUGGUGCACGAGUGGAAAUGCGCUGUCGAAAUUUCUUUGGACAUGUAAAGAAAUUUGCUACAACUGAUUCAAAUGGUUACUUCUUCCUCCAAGCUCCUCGAACAGUUCGAGCUGCCGGAGCAAAGAGAUGUAGAUUGGCUUUGAAAUCAACACCAAAGGACUCACCAUGUACAAAAAAGACUAAUAUCAAUGGUGGAAAACAUGGUGCAAUCUUGAAACUAGAUAGAAGUGUACGGCAACAAUCACUUCCUUUUGCUCUUUACACUGUUGGUCCUUUUGCCUUUGAACCUAACCGUAGAUAUUGUAAAAAUAUCCAACACCCUAAGUAGGUUAUGUAUGACAUGAAUCUCAUGAAACUAAUAUAGUAGUAAUAAGUGAACUUGAAUUAAAUUUUAGACUUGUACAAUAAGAUAUUUUAUUUUUCAUUGUAAUGUGU